CAAAUAUUUAGAAAAAAAACAUGAAGGAAACGUGGAACUUCACCAGGAAGAUGGCUUUGGAUUCCCCUUGAUGUGGCAUUUCUUCUGAUGCCCUUGUUCUCAGUGUUCGGUGUUAGGAGUCAGCGCUGCAAUGUGGUGGUUUCAGCAAGGCCUCUCUAUCUUGCCCGUGGCUUUGGUGGUUUGGUCGGCGGCGUCCUUCGUGUUUUCGUACAUUACGGCCAUCGUCCUACGCCACGUCGACCCUUUGGUGCCCUACAUCAGUGACACAGGGACAAUACCACCUGAAAGAUGCUUAUUUGGGAUCAUGUUAAAUAUUUCCACUUUCUUGGGUGUGGCCACCAUGUAUGUCCGGUACAAACAAGUUUACGCUUUGAAUCCAGAAAAAGCCAAGAUCCUCAAGCUUAAUAAGAUUGGCCUCACGCUGGGAUUGAUGAGCUGUUUUGGACUUUGCAUUAUUGCAAAUUUCCAGAAAUGUAUCCUCUACUACAUCCAUGUGCUUGGAGCCUGCCUGACCUUCGGAGUAGGGGCCAUUUACAUGCUGGUUCAGACCGUCCUCUCCUACCUGAUGCAGCCAGAACUUCACAGCAAAGACAUCUUCUGGGUCCGUCUGUCCGUGUUCCUCUGGUGUUGCUCGAGCAUUGUGAGCAUGUUUGUUUCCUCAGUUGUCCUGUACAGUGGUCUGUACGGAAUGAAUCUGGUGCAGAAGUUGCACUGGGACCCUCAGGAAAAAGGCUACACAGCGCACAUCGUCAGCACCGUCUCCGAGUGGUCCUUGGCAUUCUCCUUCCUCAGCUUUUUCCUCACCUAUAUCCGCGACUUUCAGAAGAUCUCGCUGCGGGCGGUUGCCAGUUUGCACGGACGGACCCUCUACAACACACCCCAGGGCUUCGCCACGGACGAGACGCUGCUGGUGGCGGGGAGCAUCUAAUGAAGGUGAAGAGAACACGUUCUCAGCAUAACUCAGGAAUUUAAUAGCAAUAACAGUUGAUAUUUCUAAGCAUUUAUUUUAUAUAUAAAAAAAAAAUUAUGAGGUGAUUGUACUGUACUUGACACGAAGGGCUUUGCUAUUAACCCACAGCAAUGCAAAUCAGUAUUGUAAACCAGCCUGUAACAUUUCAGCACAUGCCAAUGUCAUGAGAGACUAAAUGAAGGUUAUUAAAGAGCUGUGGCUCCUCCUCACUUCCUCCA